CAUCUACAUCUGCUCCAUUGUCUGUUAUCGUCUCGUGUCUCACGAUUAGAACCGCGUUUCUUCUUUAUUUUCAAGACUGGAAACAGAUACGGACACUGCAGCAGAGGGAUUCAUAAGAGAUAUAUCCAGAUUCCUCAGUAGUAUCAAAACAACAAAAGAAGUACAGCAUUCAUUCAGCAACCAUGUCUGGUCAACAAAUCAACCCGGACGACGCCUUAUACGUCGACAUGUUCAUUGCCAAGAAUUCUCAGACCAUGACCUUCAUCCGUUCAUCAUACUCUGCCAUCUUGGGAAUCGCUGCUGGAACUCUCGGCUUGACCAAUUGGUCUGGAUUUAUCUUUUACUUCACCGGAUCCGCUUUCCUCUCCUUCCUGAUCUUUGCUAUCAAAGCCAAGGCUCGUCCCUCACUCUACUUCCGUCAACCUCUUGAUGUUUUCACUGAAGGCGUCCUUGGCGGAUUAUUGAGUUAUAUCCUCUUCUGGACAUUGCUUUACGGAAUCAUUCAUGUAUACGACUAAACAAUAUCUAUUUGCAUAUUAAAUCUCAAUUGAAGCAAACCCAACUGGACUGGACGAGAACACGGCAUGACAGAGCAACUAUUACCACAGUCAGAUAAAGAAAGAAAGGGA